AUGGCGCGCAGCGGGCGGGCGCUCGGCAGGGCGCUGACGGGGAGGCUCGCCGCCGCGCCGCCGCCCCGAGCGGCUGCUGUCAGGCACUUGGCUUCUUGUGGUAUUCUGAUGACCAGAAUUUCUCCUCUGCAAGUGCCUGUGCUGAGCCAUACCUUUUCAAGAAGUUUCUUCAACAUUGCUGCACCAUUAGUAAAUAAAAGAAAAGAAUACUCUGAAAGGAGAAUUAUAGGCUAUUCUAUGCAGGAAAUGUACGAAGUUGUUGCUGUUGUGGAGAACUACAAGCUAUUUGUGCCUUGGUGUAAAAAGUCAGACGUGUUAUCGAAGCGCUCUGGGUACUGCAAAGCACAGCUAGAAAUAGGCUUCCCUCCUGUAGUAGAACGGUACACAUCGGUUGUUACCCUGGUGAGACCACACUUAGUUAAGGCAUCCUGCACUGAUGGAAAGCUAUUUAAUCACUUGGAAACAGUCUGGCGCUUCAGCCCAGGUAUCCCUGCCUAUCCAAGGACAUGUACAUUGGAUUUUGCAAUUUCUUUUGAAUUUCGUUCACUUCUACACUCGCAACUUGCUACACUGUUCUUUGAUGAAGUGGUAAAGCAGAUGGUUGCUGCCUUUGAAAGAAGAGCAUCCAAGCUCCACGGCCCUGAAACAAGCAUACCUCGGGAACUCAUGUUUCACGAAGUUCAUCAAACAUAAUGGAGAAAACUUCAGCACCCUCCACCAUAAACAUUUUUUGUACACCAUUUGUAGAAGUGGUAUUACGCUCCUUUUGGGGCACCUAUUUCAUUUCAUACCUGAGCUUUGUGUGUAAUUUUCUACUGUACAAAACACGCACAUGUUCAGCUGAAUGUAUGUAUUCUAUUCAAGCUGCUAUCAAGUGCAGUUCAGAGUGUUAUUGGUAACAGGCAACUGCCACGUAUGUAAUGCAAGGUAAUUUCGGCUGCCAUUAUUAAUCUGUCGAACCAUUUCUGUAAUCAGUUUUUCUGCCUUAUCUAAGCUUGCGUCUUUUCAACAUUGUAAUAUAUUAACUCAAGUUUUAGCUGUUAGCAGUGUGAAUGUUACUUACCAGCAUCAACUCGCUCAACUCUGGUCGAGUUAAAGGGAAAUCCUGACAUUUUAGCUUUAGGGCAUAUGGAACGCUUGUCCCAGCAUCAGCGACUUGGUGCUUUUGAUCCCAGUGGCUGACAGGGGUGGUCAGGUGCCUCUGGCUGCUGUUCAAUUCUGACCAGAAACUGCUACAGAAAAAAAACAGAAAGCAGCCUUACCCCUGAGUUUUCCAAGAGGCACACCUAACACAAAGCACAGCAGUUUCAGCUAUAUCCACUAUCUUUGCUCACUGGGCUUCAGGCACAAUUGUGUUUGAUAAUCUGAACUUACCUACUUGCCACAGUUUCAUCGUUAGGUGUUGCAAUUAGGUUACACUACAUGUGCCUGGUCUAACGCAGAGUUCUUAGUUCUCUAAAGAGUAAAUGUUCACUCAGUGAGAGCCAGGGCAUGGAUACACUCCCUUCUGUGCUGCACUACUGCUCUUUAAAAAGAGGGAAUGCUCCCCUUAAUAGUGUAAAGACACCCAAAGUCAACUGUCAUGUAGUGACACACAACAUAGAGCAAAAUUUUACUUAUCUCAGUACUGUUGUGCCUUUCACUUAUCAGUGCAGUAAGUGGUACCAGCUGUCUUGAUUAAACUCAUUCUCACUAAAUUAUCUUCAUUACAUCAGUACUCUUUCCAGUCUCUGAAGAAACAGGUGUAUAGGUUAGAACAAUUUCAGAUCCUGUCUAUGCACUUUCUCAAAUUUCAUCUAGUUUCAGUCAUGAAAUUCUGUAGUUUCAGAUCAAGCACAUAUCCCAGCUGAGGCCAGUCAGCACACCCAAAGCCUCUGUAAUCCAUUUGAGUAGUACAGGAUAGGUGGCAAGAUAUCACGUAAUGUAGGGACAUACAUUUCAGGACAAAGGAUGGCCCUGGAGCAGUCUUGGGCAUCUUACAACACUUCACCAAAUAAGAUUUCUCACCUCAGUUCUUAGUACAGACUUACAUAGACAGUUCUUAGCAGUGGUAGGCAGCUGGGGAAAGUGACAGCUGGAUUAAGAGGUCAGUUUUGAAGCACCUGGGGAGCUGUAAAGGAUUUUUUGUUUUGAAACUGUGCAAGAAAAAAUGAAGGGUUUGUGAGCACCACAGGAGGUGGAAAGCAGAAAGGAAAGAUGGUACAGAGCAGUCUUACUAGCUGUGCUGGGUUAAAGAAAAAAGGAAUAGGUGGCAUACAAGGCUGGCUUUAAGGGCAAACUUCACCUAGUGCAGACAAUGUAAUAUCCAAAGAGCUGAAGACCACAACUCUCAAGCCAAGAAGGCAACUAGGUACUAUGCUUAAGCAGCAGUACUAACUUACUCAACUCUUAGCAAAGAAAACUUACCUGUUUCAUACCCUCAGGGCAUUCUCGCUCCUCCCACAGCACUGUGAGAAAUUGUUCCAGCAUGUAAAACAAGCAGUAUGGAAAAGGCAAAAUAAAGUCAAUGCACGUGCCUUAUUUUCAUAUCAUUGUUUAAUAUUUCAGAAGAACUGUCUGUCAGUUCAGCUUAGGUAUUUCUUACCAGAGUUAACGUAACUUCUAUUUCAGAGAAACAUUCUGGACAGGAGGAUGCUUCCAGGAGAGAAAUGCCCUCUAGGCUUAAGUGUCAGAUUUCUAGUAAAUCUUACAAGUGAGCUAUCAAGUUUAUCCCAGAACUAUGGCUUUGUGUACAGAGGAAUAAGGUGAUACAUAUCAAUACUCUUGCGCAGUUUGUUUUAUUACAUGAAGGUCACAUAAUAGUGUAUUUCUCUACUUUGUACACAGUUGUCUAGUCUUAUGCACAGUGGCUUCCAAGUUCUUCCUAGUUCUGGCAAGCACCAAUAAAUUCUGAAACAGAAUACCAAGUGCCUUAAUCAAGUUUAAAUCAGAACCUUGGUAGAUGGAUCUUGCACUCAGUUAUCAGGAAUGUACAAAUGUCUUUAUUCAAAAAAUACAAAAUAAAUUAUCUGUAGGCAUGGACAA